UGGAGCAUAAGAUUAAGGUUAAACGGGUGUAGCUUCAGGAUUAUAAUCAUUCUAGAUAAAUACUUCGACAGUCAUACAGUACUUUUACCAACACGAUCGAUUGAAUUAUUUUACGUCUUCAUUUCGCAGUGCAGUAUAGUUUAGACCAUCGCAUCGGCUAUAAAAGCGAUGUAAAUAUCUUCAUGAGUUGCAUUAAAAAAAAGGAUAUUUCAUAGUGGAAUAAGCACGGCGUAAGACCACCAGAACGUCAUCGAACAAAACAUUACCAUCAUUUUUCUUUGAGGUUGUAAAACAGGGGUACACCUGUUAAGUGAGCAACGAGACUACUCUUGAAGUUAAUUUUACUUUAUCUUUCGUAGCAUCAUCAUGAUGGCAACGUCUCGGAACCUGCUCUGGUUGGUUGUCAUGGCAACAUGCCUGGUAGUAAUUUGUGCUGACGAUAUGGACGAGGACAAGCUUGAGAACUUUCAUGACUACGGAAUGAACAAUCCCGCAGUGAAAUGUCCUAAGAAGUGUUGGUCAGCCCCUCCUCCUAAGAAAACCAUCUGCUCCACCAACGGAAGAACAUACAUCUCAUGGUGUUACCUACGUAUGAGCGCAUGCGCCCAACGUCCUAUUGCUGAUUGGCAGGUUGCCUAUCUGGGACCAUGUGUACACUCGUAUGGAUCUGUUAGCUUUACCUCCAGCGUACGCGAGGUGGGACCAUCCUUCGAAGAGCCGAUUCCGAUGGGAAACCUGAAGAGAAAACAGCAACAACAACAGCCACAACGACAAAGGAUCAAUUUUGGAGAAGAGGAGGAGGAGGAGGAGGAAGAUGAAGAAGAAGAAGAGGAAGAAGAAGAAGAGGAAGAGUCUUCACCAGUUGCAAUUGGAGGUGGCGAAUCAUCAGAUGGGAAUGAAGCAUAUUCAUAUUCUCGAUUUCAACCAGCUAGUCAAAGAGCGUUUUCAGAGUCAGUAGAGCCUGAAGAAUCAGAAGGAGCAGAAUCAUCGCCAGUAGAACAAGCAGCUUCUGAAUCUGUGGAACCAGAAGAAUCUGAAGAACCAGAAGAAUCUGAGGAACCAGAAGGUUCAGAAGCAGCAGAAUCCUCGCCAGCCGAACAAGCAGCUUCUGAAUCUGUGGAACCGGAAGGAUCUGAAGAACCAGAGGAAUCUGAGGAACCAGAAGGUUCAGAAGCAGCAGAAUCCUCGCCAGCCGAACAAGCAGCUUCUGAGUCUGUGGAACCAGAAGAAUCUGAAGAACCAGAAGAAUCUGAGGAACCAGAAGGUUCAGAAGCAGCAGAAUCCUCGCCAGCCGAACAAGCAGCUUCUGAGUCUGUGGAACCCGAAGAAUCUGAAGAACCAGAAGAAUCUGAGGAACCAGAAGGCUCAGAAGCAGCUGAAUCCUCGCCAGCCGAACAAGCAGCGUCUGAGUCAGAAGAGCCAGAGGAAUCAGAGGAGCCCGAAAGUUCAGAACCAGCCGAAUCCUCGCCAGCAGAACAAGCAGCAUCCGAGUCUGAAGAGCCGGAGGAGUCGGAAGAGCCUGAGGAAUCCGAAGGUUCAGAAGGAGCAGAAUCAUCACCAGCAGAACAAGCAGCUUCUGAGUCAGAAGAACCAGAGGAAUCUGAAGAACCGGAAAGUUCAGAACCAGCCGAAUCCUCACCAGUGGAACAAGCAGCAUCUGAGUCGGAGGAACCAGAGGAAUCCGAAGAGCCUGAAGGUUCAGAAGGAGCUGAGUCUUCCCCGGCAGAACAAGCAGCAUCUGAGUCAGAGGAGCCCGAGGAAUCUGAAGAGCCUGAGAGUUCAGAACCAGCCGAAUCCUCACCAGUAGAACAAGCAGCAUCAGAGUCAGAAGAACCCGAAGAAUCAGAAGAGCCUGAAAGUUCAGAACCAGCCGAAUCCUCACCAGCAGAACAAGCAGAGUCAUCUCCUGAAGAAUCGGAAGGUGCUGAAUCUGAAUCUCCACAAACAUCGGAAUCGGCAGAGCCUUCCGAAUCAGAGGAGGAGGACGACGAUGAUGACGACGAUGAUGAGGAAGAUGAAGAAGAGACGGAGUCAUCACAUACCCAAAGCAUAGGUCCGCAUACUAAAAAACCAGUUCCCCAAAAUCGCACACCAUCCACUGCCCCAACAACUACCACUACCACUGCCACAGUCCAACCCACCACACGUCGUCUGGUUGCUACCACCCAAGAGGGUUGUCAGGUCUUCUGCCCACUCGCUAGCCAGAAGGUAUGUACUACAGUAGGUACCUUCGACAGCGAGUGCCUCUUUAACUUCUUCAAGUGUCUUGGUAAAGUCGGCCAGGAUGAAAUAAUUCUUUACGAUGGCGAAUGCCCAGCUACCCCUGCUCCUCCACGGAUCAAGACAGCUGCCGUGACUCGACAGAUGGUUACAAAGCCCCUAGUACUACCAACAACGACAAAGAGUCGCUGCCCGGCAUCAUGUCCCAUAGAGAACAAACCAGUCUGCGCUACGUAUACGGCUCUCAAUACUUUCUUCUCCACUCCGAACCCCAUUCCUAACUUUGUCACAUACACCAAUGAGUGUGUGUUCCUUCUGCUGCAGUGUCAAGGCAAGAUCAGUCAAGAUGACAUCAUCCUCUUCCAAGGGUUGUGUCCAACGUCGCCCCCUACGUUACCCGGUAUUGAAACCGCUUAUCGGGGCACUGCUGGGCCUUGAAGACCGCCCAGCCAAAUCGUGUUUGGAUUAUCUAGAGGAGAGACAAUGAAAGAUAUGAAGAAAGAAAGAAAGAAGGUGGGAAGAAAGAGAAAAAGAAACAUGGACCCCAAGGGAGAUAUUCGAAGAAUGACUCACACAAUCUAAGAACCAAUCUAAAGCGUUAAAAGUUUUCAUUGUGUUUUGUAUUUAUAUUUGUCAUUUUGGUAGAUGAAUAUGAUCUAAAAGAUUUAUUAUUAUAAUUAUUAAUUACCAAGACGUAUUACAUUCAACUAUUCCCUUUACGGUCUUCUGAUUAUAGUAAUUUGGGUAUAUAGAUUUUACCAAAAGAAACCAAGUUCUUUUCACAUUUCUAGCUGAAUAAUUCAUCAAGGACCAUUUUAAUUGGUGUGAUCCCGGUAAGGGUUGAUUAUAAUCGUAUUGUGUUAAAAUGAUGGAUUUCCGUAUAUCGGAUUCAAAUUAUCGUUCUUGGAGGAUACUAGUUAUUUUCUCAGUUUUAUGAUUAUCAAUAAAUAACAUGUAUUUUAGAAAGUCGCAAAUUUCAGAAGACAGGCUUCUCUUCAAAAUAAGGAGCCUUCAAAACCUUGCUAUGACAUUGAUCGAAUGAACCCAGUGGGGCUGGUCCCCGCAGUCACAAUUGUCUGUAAAUCAGAGAUAAACAAAAAAAAUUACAUAACACACAGCCAUACUUUGCAUUAGAUGGGUUUGAAUCCAUUUGUCAAAGAUAUUUUAAUUCCAUGUGCACUAUAUGUUUUAGACGUAGUGCUCAUUGACUGUAGGUAAUUUAGAGAGAAAAUCUAGCAUGCAUAAUAUAAUAUGUUUAAGAAUA